CCGACCGUCGGCGUGCGAGGCAGCGCAGCAGCAGCGGCGCAGCAGAGGGGCGGCAGCGGAGGAGCAGCGGGAAUAUGGAAUUGGAAUUGGAAUUGGUGGGGCCGUCGCAGCCGGCGUCGUCGUCGCGUCAGUUGGUGCGCAGGCGCACUGGCCGCGAUGCGGUGACCUCCAGGAUCCAGCGGUGCAGGAGCCCCGCCCCCGUCCACUUCCCCAAGCGGAGCCGGCUACCACCUCCCCUCCCCGGAAAUAUCGCCGUGGUGCGACCCACAGGCAACAACGCCACUGCAAGGAUGCGGCGGGAUUGGGAGGCCCAGCGGGAGCCACUAGUGAAACCACCGCGGCAGAUACUGUCUACAAAGGCCCUUGGCCAAUCCAAUCCCUAUCUGGAUGAUCAUCCCGUAAGGGAGCGCCGCUCUGUGACCCAGCGUAGCCGUCAUCCGGAUUUCAAGACCCGGAACCAGCAGAACCGAAUCCCUGUGCCGGCCACCUCGCGAUCGGCCUUUGGUGGGCAGUACACCGUGCCUCAGCCGCCAUCCGUCUUUCGGUCUCCUGCUCCGCCGCCGUCCGGCACCAAGAUCCGCCCCAGCCUGCGCUCCGUCCGCGCCAAGGUCGACUCGCACCUGUGUCCCCGCCUCUCCGGCCACCCGUGCCCCUCGUCCGCCCAGCCAGCGGCCCGGCGACCUUGUCGCCCCGUGAAGAACAAUUCCCUGGCGGAGGCCCACGAACAGCUGGAGCAGCUGCUUUCGCGCAUCGAGCAGGCCAGCGACUUUCAGCCACCACCACUCCCACCACCAUCGCCUGCCGUCCACGCCAAGAGGCGUGGCCAGGCGACGGCGAGGGGCGGGACAAAGGUCGCCAAGGGGGCGCGCCGCCAGAUGGCGCAACAUCCUCCUGUGCCAGCCGGUUCGCCAAUGCUCAGUGCCCGGCAAAACAAUACCACGUCCCAGACUUACUUGAGGCUCGAUGGCGAAGGGGGUGGUGCUGAAUCGGAAGGGGAUCAUCGGGGUCACCUGACCCAUGUCGUACCGCUCGUCCAGAAUCCGCAGCGCCUGCCGCCGGCGAAGCGGAAUGCACUGCUGGAGCUUCUCCAGCGGGCCGAGCAGCACGACAAGGGCAUUGCGGAUAUUGUGGCCAGCUCCACCGGAGAUCCCUCCCGGGACACCAUGCUCAUGAUGCUCCAGAUGUUACCCCUUAGUCCUAACGAAUCCCCGUAUGCGGAGAAGUUCUGGGAGGGACAUCGGUACCUGAAGGAGCGCCAGAAGCUGCACCAGACAUUGCGGCCUGGCGACGAGCGCUUCAAGGAGGUGAAGGUCCUGCGGAGUCCCGACGGCGAGGACUUCCUCUCACGCACCCUGGAGGAGGAGCUGGAGGACGAGAAGAGGGUGCUGGACUAUAUGGAGGCACAGCUUCGAAUACAGGGUCAGCAGAAACAAGGGAAUCUCCAGGGGCCUUCCGGCGAUCAUCAUCCGCUGAACGAACGCCAAGAGCAGGCGAUGCGCGAGCGGGAGGAGCUAGAGCAGCACAAGCAGCAGGUGUCCAACUGCCGGGAACAGCGACGCCAGCGGGAGCACCAAAAGGAGCAGGCCCAGGUCCAAAAAAUGGAGCAGAAGAGUUCGUGGGGCGGAGGUGGAGCUCCCCCAAUGGAGGAAGCCUCCCCCCGAGAAAUCCUCUCCAAGAAUCCACCUUCUCCCAGGCCCACUGAUCCCUUGAAGCAGCUCCUCCAGGAUCGGGACCGCUUUCAGGCCCACUGCCGGCGAAGCUGUUUCUACAACAAUUCGCAAAGCUCUGCACCCUGGAAAAUAUAUGCCAAAGUGGCCAGUAAGCUUAGUUCCCAGCUAAUGGAUAAUUUGGAUAUCGAAUUCCAUCGCAGCGUGGCCAAUUAUAUCAACGACUUUAAAGGCAAAAAAUUGGCCUAAUAGAGCAACGUCUGUGACUUUUGUUCGCUGCCAACUUUUUUAGGUUUUACAGAACUGAACACACGGAGAUUUUUACGAUUUAUUACUCUUCUAUUUUAUCUUUUAUGGUGUAUUUGUUUUGCGACAAGUUGAAAAAUUGCAAGUGUAGUACAAAUUAUGAGACCUACAAAAUCAUAUGGAAGAAAUUACUAAUAAAAAAUUAUUGUAUGUAGAGCAA